GAUUGUCGUUGGAUUGACUGCUAUAUAGCAUACAGAGAAAGGAAGAGACGAGGAAGAGGAAGGGAGGAGAUCUGGAUGGGGAGAGGUGUUGAUGGAGAAGGAAUCAGUUGGGUUGGGACAGAGACAAAGAGAGGAACAGAAUAACUAUAUAACAACGGAGACACCAAACUCCACCAUCAAUCAUGUCUCUCUCUCUCUCUCUCUCAUCUCUCAUCCCUCCACCCUUUGACCUGCCCUAACCCUAACCUUCCCUCCUGAAGCAAAUCCCAAGCCCACUUGCCUCCCUCCUCCUCCGCCUCCCUUCCCUUGCCGCCGGGUAGCUAAACAAAUACCAAGCAUCAAAGAAAAAUGGCACAGUUGAUGGAGUUCCUUUCCACACCCAAUUAGCAGGGUUUGAUUCCUUGGGAAAGCGAAGAAAGGAGAGACAGACCGCCGCCUUCCUUUUCCUUUCUAGCUUAUCUUUUUCUCUACUGGAUUAGAUCGUCAACCGUCUCUCGAUCUUUGUCUGCAAACUAUCAGCUAUCUGCUUACCUGUACUGUUCCAUUUCCUGAGGUCGCGCACUAGCUAGCCUCAUGGAUCCGAUUAAAGCCUCCACACAUGGCCACCAUCUCCCUCCUCCGUUCCACAACCGAGACUUCCACCACCCGCUCCACCCCUUCCAGCAUCUUCAGCAGCAGCAACAGCCGCCGCCUGCGGUGGAAGAGGAGCACAGCGGCACCAGCGGCCUCCACCGCGGCAUGAAGCGCGACUACGACGGGGAUAACAACGAUGGGAACGAUGGGGGAGACGGCAAGGAGCUGGUUUCGGCGCUGUCCGGCGAGGGGGAUAUGGUUCGGAAGCCGCGCGGCCGCCCCGCCGGGUCCAGGAACAAGCCGAAGCCACCCAUCAUCAUCAACCAGGACAGCGCCAACGCGCUGAGCUCCCACGUGAUGGAGAUCGCCGGGGGGUGCGACAUCGUCGACGGCGUCGCCACCUUCGCCCGCCGCCGGCAGCGCGGCGUCUGCGUCCUCAGCGGCAGCGGCACUGUCGCCAACGUCACCCUGCGCCAGCCGGCCUCCCCCGGUGCGGUCGUCAACCUCCACGGCCGGUUCGAGAUACUCUCCCUCUCCGGAUCCUUCCUGCCGCCGCCCGCGCCGCCCGCGGCCACGGGCCUGACCAUCUACUUAGCCGGCGGGCAGGGUCAGAUCGUCGGCGGCAGCGUCGUGGGGCCACUGAUAGCCUCCGGCCCAGUGAUCAUAAUGGCAGCAUCCUUCGGAAACGCCGCCUACGAGCGGCUCCCCCUGGACGACGAGGAGCCCCUUCAAGCUCAGCAAGGUGGCCUUGGCUCUCCGGGACUGGUCGGCCAGUCUCCCCCACUGCAGCAGCAGCAGCUGCACGACCCCAGCAAUCCACUUCUCCAUGGUCUGCCGCCGAACCUGCUCAACAAUGUGCAAUUGCCAGGCGAGCCUCACGGCUGGGCCACCGGCGGAGGAGGGCGCACGCCCUACUGAUCCCAGAAACAGCUCGUUCGUCUCUCCAAACCCUUGCCAGCCCAGGCUUAUGGGUUAAAGCCAUGGAGGAAGAGUGGGAGAACGCAAGAACAGUAUGAUCGUCUCCUCACCUCUCACUCCAACAAAAGCAAAGAAGAUUAACCCUGGAAUUAAAGAAGAGGUUCAACGUUGUACUUCUGCUCUUAAUUCUGCUACUUCGAAGCCUUGCAACCAUAGUUGUAAUCGUAAUAUUGCUGCAUGCAUAUACUGUAUGCUGUUCAGUUGAGCGUCUGCUUAAAGUUAGAGAUCCUUCUGCUCUCGCAGAAUCGAAUCAGUCAAGCAUUUUGUUUGA